UUAAACCUUCACAUCUGAAGCCUCCUCCCCAUUCCAUUCAAUCUCUCCGGACCCGUGUGCCAUUUGCAUUGUGCACCCAAGCCCCGAACACAUGGCUGAAACCAAAACCCAAAGCUUUGCUUUCCCCGACAAGAAAAGAACCGAGCCCGAUGACUUGGACGGCGAUAAUCUCAUCACCGUGAAGAAACAAAUGCUGUCCUCGGUAUCGACGUGGGAGGACCCGGCAGCAGCGUUAGCGGCGGCGCGCCACGAGUUCGGCGAGCACGGAGGCGUGAACAUGUCCAUUGAGGCCUCGGCAACCUUCACAGUGAUGGAGCCCGAGACGCUGAGCCGAAUGUUCGCCGGGGAGCUUGGCCCCGACCGGGACUUCUUCAUCUAUAGCCGUCACUUCAACCCCACAGUGUUGAAUCUCAGCCGUCAAAUGGCGGCUCUCGAGGGCACUGAGGCUGCCUACUGCACCUCCAGCGGCAUGGCCGCCAUCUCCUCUGUUCUCCUCCAUCUCGUCAGCAGUGGGGACCACGUCGUCGCCUCCACGGCCCUCUACGGCGGGACCCACGCCCUGAUGACCCACUUCCUCCCCAGGGCAUGCAACAUUACUACGACGUUCGUGGACGUGGACGAUUUGGAGGCGGUGAGGAACGCCAUCGUCCAUGACCGAACCAAGGUGCUGUACUUCGAGUCCAUCGCGAACCCCACGCUGAAAGUGGCCAACAUACCCGAACUUUGCCGGAUAGCCCACGACAAGGGUGUCAAGGUUGUCGUCGACAACACCUUUGCUCCCAUGGUGGUCUCGCCGGCACGGCUCGGCGUCGACGUCGUGGUCCACAGUAUCUCCAAGUUUAUCAGCGGUGGGGCCGACAUUAUUGCAGGAGCUGUGUGUGGGCCAGCAAGCCUCGUGAACUCCAUGAUGGACCUCCACCAAGGGCCCCUGAUGAUUUUGGGGCCUACGAUGAACGCCAAGGUUGCAUUUGAGCUAUCCGAGAGAAUUCCUCACUUAGGCCUGAGAAUGAAGGAGCACUGCCACCGAGCACUGGUUUUCGCCACCAGGAUGAAGAAGCUGGGGCUAAAGGUAAUCUACCCUGGGCUUGAAGAUCACCCGCAGCACACCCUUUUGAAGUCCUUUGCCAACAAGGACUACGGCUACGGAGGGCUCGUCUGCGUGGACAUGGAGACCGAGGAAAAGGCUAACAGGCUGAUGCACUACCUGCAGAAUAGCACCCAGUUUGGGUUCAUGGCAGUUAGCCUGGGAUACUACGAAACCCUCCUGUCCUGCUCUGGCAGUAGUACCAGUAGUGAGAUGAAUACCCAGGAGAAGGAACUGGCUGGAAUUUCACCAGGGUUGGUGAGAAUUUCCGUUGGGUAUAUUGGGACAUUGGAGCAGAAGUGGAGCCAACUCGAGAAGGCGCUUUCCAGAAUGCAGGACUCGGGUUCCUUAAACAAAUACUGAUCAUGAUUUUCUCCUUCCCUCCUCCAUUAUUAAAGGGUUCUGAUGGACGUCGUUUGUUCAUGUUUGCGCGCAUGAGUCUUAUAGUCUAUUUGUUUCGCUUGUACGUGGAUGUUAAGCAGCACUGUAAUAUUCUGCUGGUGCUACAUUAAUCGUGUUCUAUUGUAACCAAACUUCUUUUGUGCGCAAGAAAUAUUUUCAAAAGCAAUAAAAAGAUAGCAGUUAAAGGUCUG